AUGGCCACAGUGGCUUUCCUGAACUUAGCACCAUCUCACUGCUACUUCCCUUCAAGCACAACAGCCAUUUUCCUGUGGACAAACGCCGUCAACAUGCACGUCACCAGGCCAAAAUCUGCCAAGGGACGCACGAGGCCAAGCUUCAAUUACUCUCAGAGCGUGGAAGCCUGUCCUUGCCGAGUGCCACCUGCCCCACCACCAGCAGCUCCCCACAAAUUAGUGAACAGCCGGAGAGCAUCGUCCAGAAAACUGGCAUUCCCAUCCGGCCAGGUGUCUCCCAAGGAAAUCCCAGAGCUCCUGCAGCAAGUGCCUUUGAGGACCUCCUCUUCCCUGAACAAGUACAGGGUGCUCCCCUCCAUCGGCCAGAAGGGCGUGGGGAGCGGGGCUGUGGAAGCGGUAGCCGAACAGACCGACCGGCUGAAAGUGAGGGGGGCGGAGGAGGACGCUCAGAAAACCAAAACUCUUUCUGGAGAACAAGGAUCUGCCAGCCUAUUGUCGGAAAGCGAUGUCCCUGAUGCAGAAGGCUCACACGCGCAGAGCCCUCCUGAAAAGCCAGGAAGGAAAAUGGGACAAGAGAGCCCUUCGACAACGACUUUAAGUUUGGAAAACUUGGAAAAGCCGCCAAAAGAAGAGUCGCACUUGCUGCUCGCUAUUCGAUCUCCCUCUGGUCAGAGAUUUGAACAUCAUUUCAAGCCCACCGACAGUCUCCAGAUGGUCCUUGCUGUGGCAGAACAGAAAAUGUCGGCCAAAUACAAACACUGCAGUGUUGAAACGAUGGAGGUGCCCCGAAGGAGUUUCUCUGACCUCACGAGGUCCAUCCACGAAUGUGGGAUUCUCCACAAGUCCGUGCUGUGCAUCCGACAGGAAGAGCAGCAUGACGCGGAUCUUUAG